GCGGCGCCGGGGACACUCCCGCCGCCUCCGCUCCGUCCCCGCUAGUCCCUGUGAGUGUGGGCAGGGCUGCAGGGGGCUUCCGUGGGCCUGGCCUCUCCCACCACGGGAGGAAAAGCAGGGGGAAGCCCCCGGCGCCCGCCGCCUCCGGAGAGCCGCAGUGCCCUCGAGCUGUGUAGGCGCUGAAGACGAGCCCGGGCGGGGCCCCGGUGCGUCGUGCCUGUCGCCGUCCGUGUCCGGAGCGGAGGCCAGCGGCAGCCCGCUCGGCGCCCCGGACCGUAGGGGCACCACCCUGCCGGGCGUGGGCGACGGCCGGCCGGGGGCGCGCGGAGCAGCCGUCACGGGGCCUCGCCGCGGCCUUCAGCGCCCCAGUCACGGGGAAUGCAGUGGCCCCCGACCUCUGGUGCCUCUCCGUGUCUGGGCUGGGCCUCCUCGAUCGCCUGCUCCGCGGCCACGACGCUCCUGAGCCAAACCGGCCGGGCCCCCCUCAUGGCGGCAAAGUGGUUCAAGGAGUUCCCCCUGAACCUGAAGACCGUGUCCGAGCGGGCCAAGCCCGGCGGCGGGGGCGGCGGCAAACUGCGCAAGAAUUCAGAGGCCGGCGGCGCGGGGCCGACUGCGGGCAAGGGCCGCAAGAACUCGGCGGCCGAGCUGGGGAGCAGCAGGGCCGGCGUCGGCCCCCCCAAGGACAGCCGGCUGUCCCGGGACAGUCUGCAGGGUCUGAUUCAGGCCGCUGCGGGCAAGGGUCGCAAGAACUCCCGGGCCACCGAGGAGGAGCCCCACCGGGGUGCAACCAAGAGCUCGGGUUGCAGCACCUACAUCAACAGGCUCAUCAAGGUGGACACUCAGGAGAAGAAUGGGAAGAGCAGCUACCCCAGCAGCAGUAGCAGCAGCAGCAGCAGCAGCAGCAGCUCUUCCUCCGCGUCCUCUUCCCCUUCCUCCCUGGGCCCCGAGCUGGACAAGGGCAAGAUUAUUAAGCAGCAAGACACGGUCAUCAUUUUAGAAGACUAUGCUGACCCAUAUGAUGCCAAACGGACAAAGGGUCAAAGAGAUGCAGAGAGAGUAGGAGAGAACGAUGGUUACAUGGAACCCUAUGAUGCACAGCAAAUGAUAACAGAAAUCAGACGCCGCGGUUCCAAAGAUCCCCUGGUGAAGGCGCUUCAGCUGCUGGACAGCCCCUGCGAGCCGGGAGAGAACGGCCUGAAGUCAGAGCCGUCGGCCAAAAGACGCAGUUCCAAGGACCUCCUGGGGAAGCCGCCGCAGCUGUACGACACUCCGUACGAGCCUGCAGAAGGGGGCCCCAGGGCCGAGGGGAAGGCGCGGCCCCCAGACAGCCGGCUGCCCGAGAACGACGAGAGGCCGGCGGCGGAGUACGAGCAGCCCUGGGAGUGGAAGAAGGAGCAGAUCGUGCGGGCGCUGUCAGUCCAGUUUGAAGGAUCUGAGCGACCUGCCAGGGAGGAGACGGUGAGGCAGCACCACCGGCAGAAGAGCUGGACUCAGAAGAUCUUGAAGCCAGGCCUCUCGGACCACAGUGAGGGGGAGAAAGUGGACCCAGGCCUGCCCCUGGAGAAGCAGCCCUGGUAUCAUGGUGCCAUUACCCGUGCUGAGGCUGAGAGUCGACUACAGCCCUGCAAAGAAGCUGGUUAUCUGGUUCGAAAUAGCGAGUCAGGGAACAGUAGGUACUCCAUUGCACUAAAGACUAGUCAAGGAUGUGUCCACAUCAUAGUGGCUCAGACCAAAGACAACAAAUACACACUGAAUCAGACAAGCGCUGUGUUUGACAGCAUCCCCGAAGUGGUACACUACUAUUCCAAUGAAAAGUUGCCUUUCAAAGGGGCAGAACACAUGACCUUACUCUACCCCGUGCAUAACAAGCUUCACUAAGGUUCAGCCAUUGAAAGCCCUGGGCCUCUGGCACCUAUGAGGGCAUCAGCACCCAACCAGCAUCUCAGCAGACAAGGCCGGACUGCUCCUAAGUAACUAGUUGAAAGUGGGAGUCUUCAUUUUAAAAGUCCAAGAGUCUUUGAUCUUGAAUUCAAUCCAUGACACUUGGUUUCUGAUCUAUCCCUUGUUUCCUUGUUAAAUAGUUCUACAGUAAGAAAUUGUAAUUUGCCUGUUGUCUCCACCUCUGGAGUAAGAUUUUCUAUUUAGGGGAUGACUUUCAGGAAAGGUAAGUCAAGAGUUCAGGAGCAUUAAAUGCUCCAGAAAUGUGCUGGUUGGUACCUGGAAUACCUGGUCUCUAAACAAACCAAUGAAAAAACCACUUUGCUUUUAUGUAUGAUCGUGUGGACCAGAAGAGUGUGUGAUGUCGGGCUCCUUAUUUGGGGGAAAUAGAUGAACAGUGGAAAAUACAAAUGAUGGGCAAGAAAAUUGUCUUUCUCCCUCAAGUGUCCUAAUUCAGCUCUGGAGUUCAUGAAAAUUCACAAUUUUAGAGUCCACCAUUAGAAUUAUUUUGUUGGUCAGCCUUUCUGAGAAAGUUGGUGUUUUCUCAGAUAAAAAAGUCUCCAUGGACUUUUUUUAUCAUUUUUCAACAAAUCAGUGAUAUAAGCAUAAAUAGGAAGGAAGAUGCCCCAGAUUUAAGAAUCACUGAUAUAGUUAAGCAUUGGCAUCAUUAUAAGCAUUGGCAUCCAAUUCUGAGUUAUGGAAUAAAACAUACAGCAAAGAUUUCAUUUCUAAUUUUUUAAAUUCUAAAAAUUUACAAAGCUCAACAACUAUUUUCAUAUUGGAUAAUUAUAUAGAACUUCUGAUAUCUUUCAUUUCAUCUUUGUGCAUUUUAGUUGGUAUGGAAUCAUUUUUAAUUUUUGUCUCUCAAAUUAGGUUUGCUUUGUAUUUUUAGUAAAUCUUAAGCACACACACAUACACACACAAGUCUGGGAUCUGGUUGUAUCAACUGAGUCUCUAAAGCCUGCCAAGAUUCUCCCAUUCUGUACUGAGCAGACUGGCUUACACUGUACAAAAGAUUUUGAGGUUUUCUCUAACUGCUAUUACUUAAGAUAUUAAAUUAAUAUUCAUAGUAUUAUUAUCUUUAUGAUUUAUCAUGAACUUAUAUCACCAAUUUACUUACUGUGAAAAAAAUAGGAAUGGCAUACUGUGAGAAGAAUACUAUGGUGAGUGGCUCUAUAAUUAAAACUGAACAGAUGUUUCUGUACUCUAGGGUUUGUAAUUUGGUUCUCAGAACUGGUCCAGAUGCAAAUGCACUGACUGUUAUCAAUGAAAAGUUAACUUUUGUAGCUUCUUUUAAAUACACACAAAAAAUGAUUUGGUUAAUUUUUAGGAAAGCAUAUCUUUCUGAUUAUUAGUUAUCAUUUGACUACUAUAAUUUAGAAGUUAGUAAAUUUUUGCUUCUUUAUUCAGUUAUCAGCCAAAGGGUUUUGUGAUCUUUGAUUUAAAAAAUUUAGGAGGAGCUUCUUCUCACUGGAGUUCAAUCGUUUUUAGCAAUAAAGAAUGUUUUGUUUUUUAAGUACUGAUAAAAUUUUUAAAUGUCUAUUGGUUCAUGUAUUUUAUCUUCAGUACAGAUUUGUAAAAAUUUUUCAGCACCCAUAGUUGCAAUUCCAUUCAACAAAUAUUUAUUAUCUAUCUUCUAUAUAUGAAUUAUUCAUUGUGUUAAACUUAUUUUUAUUUCAACAUUUUAGAAAUGAAACCUUAUUUUUUACUUAACCUUAAUCUACAAAGGAAAUACAGCAGUUAUUCCAAUUUUAAUAAAUGCUAAAAGCUUUAUGAAAUUUUUCUUUGUGCACCAUAUGAUUUUGGGCUCAUACCCAGCAACUGUGAUGAGUGUAUAAUGAAGUGGUAUUUGAAAGCAGGCCUGACGCAGUAUUUGUUGAGCUUCUAUCGUAUGUCCAGUACCGUGCUUUCCUCUAUACUGUUUGUCUCCGACAGUCAUGCUAUUUUUCUUUAUAGAAUUAAAAGCAGAGGAGAUGCAGAUUUAUGUAUAGUCCAUUCCUUUAUAAUCAUACAGGAGGUUAUAAGAAGAAAUACAGUAAAUUAGCGGAAGGGGGGUUAGCUACUGUUUUCUUCUUAGAGUUGUGAAACAAGCUGAUAAAAGGCAGGGAAUUCACAGCUGGGUGGUGGCACAAAGUACCAUAUGUUCUAAAAACAAUUAGGCCCAGCAGGGUGUCCCUAAUGGCUUCCUUGUUAAGCCUCCUGGGCCAGCUGAUCUGAAGCUCUAUGACAUGUUCUCUGGGCUCUGAAUGCUUGGGCUUUUUGUCAUUUUGUCUCGAUGGAAGUAUUUUCCUGUAGUCUUCAGUCCUUUGAGUUAAUUCUGUCUCCCAGUACAUUUUCUGGCAUUUUCUGGAGAGAUCAAUGUCUUGGUGGAUUCGCCUUGAAUUUAGCAUAUCUGUAGAGCUGUGUCUAUGUUCUUUCUCCUUUAUCACUCCUCUGUCUUAAAAAAUACUCUGCAUCGGGUUACUGGGUGAGUUUAUUUAGUUGCUUAGUUUCAGGCCUGUAAGAACAGAGGGUAAAGGACAUUUCUAUUUACUUUGAUACCAUAGCUAUUUCUAUCAGGAUGUAUUUCAACCACUGGAGUUGUAUGUACUUAAACUAGGCAUAAAAAUAAUAGAAAAAUGUUAAUAUGUAUACAAAACAGUAAAUAUGGAUAUGCCUACACUCUACUGGGGGCAGAAGUGUCUUUUUAAGUUAUUCAAAGCACUUUCUUAGGCAUUUAUAAAAAGAGCCCUUAUUCUUUGCUGUUUAAAGGCUCUGUGCAUUGUUGAAUUGGUAUUCAUGUAUUGGCCUGUGCCACAGGAUGCGGAGAUGUCAACAGAAAAGAACCCAAACUCUGUAAAAUAAUUUAAAAAGAGGUUUAUUCCAAGCAAAAUAUAUGUGACCAUGGCUCAGAGACCCACAUCCAAGAAGCCUUGAGCAAGUGGUCUCUCCAUGGUUGGGUUACAGUUUGGUUUUAUACAUUUCAGGGAAACAGGAAUUACAUGUAAAGUCAUAAAUCGAUACAUGGAAAGCAUACAUCAGUUUGGCCUGAAAGGCAGGACAUCUCAAAGCUGGGGAUUACAGGUUAUAGGUGGGUUUAAAGAUUCUUUGAUUUUUAAUUGGUU